UAUUGGUGUAGUGAAUCUUGGACUCCACGUACGAGAUAUUUUAUAUUUCAAUAGAAAACAAAAGAAAGAACAAAAUAUAUCCAUGUAUUUAUUUGAAAGAUAACAGUGACAGUUAAUAACAAGCAUUUAAAAUAAUUGUAAUUAUUGAACGAAAUAGUGUUUGUGCCGUACGACGUAAAGGAUGAGGAAGAUUUCGCACAUUGCUAGUAUGGAAACAUGAAGAAGGCACAAGUUACACAGCGACCCAAGCAGGACCAACUUUUGCUCAACGACAAUACAUGACCGAUGUGGCGCUUCUCAUCAGAAACUCUUGUCUACAAAAUGAUUCGCAUCUUUCUUUUUCUGUGCAUGGCGAUCUUAUCCUUCGCCCGAUGCAGCAAGAUUCACGAAUACAUGACAAGAGAGGAAUUGCUAACAGUAUUUCAAGCAGGACACGAAGCUGUUCCAGUUUAUGAAGUAGUACCAGUUCUACAUUCAUUACACAAGAGAAGCCCGGAAACAUGGCAAGAGCUACAUCUGAAGGCCUUUGGAAAAAGCUACAAGCUAUCCUUAAAACCAAAUAAUGGACUUUGGUUAAGAGGGCAGUUACCAAUGUGGUCAGUCGAAAGAAAUGACUCCAAUCAUGAUGGUUUGCAUUAUGAACGGAUCCCGGAAGAAGGUAUCAAUGUCGGCGAUGUGUACCAGGAUACGCAGAAUAUGGCUUCCAUUCUGCUGCAUCGAGACGCCAGUGGUAAAGUCCUUGUGGACGGAAAUAUUGGAGCAGAUUUGGUGAUUCGUCCACUUCCCGAGCGAGUGAUAAAGGAAGUUGUAAGUAAGGCUUAUUAUCUGCACGAGCCACAUUUAUUACCAAACAUAACAAGGGCUAAACGCAGUCUCGCGCAUACAAAUCAUCAUAUUGUAUACAAAAAGAAAAUAUGGGCGAUGGAUGCCGAGUAUAGUGAUUUUGCGUUUAUGGAACCAGAUCGUCUAUCUACACGAUUCCGAUCAAAGAGAUCAACUGGUAACAAUAGGUCGAAGCGAGAAGCACCAUAUGUAAUUUAUCCUGAAAUUCUAUGCAUAGUAGAUUAUGAUGGAUACAGAUUACAUGGCGGUGAUAAUGUGCAGAUAAAACGAUACUUUGUGUCUUUUUGGAAUGGAGUAGAUCUUAGGUACAAGUUACUAAAAGGCCCUAAAAUACGUAUUAGUAUUGCAGGAAUUAUUAUCUCACGAGGAAGAGAUGCCACGCCGUAUUUAGAAAGAAAUCGCGUGGGACGAGAUGCGAUCGAUUCGGCAGCUGCUCUGACCGACAUGGGCAAAUACCUAUUUCGAGAAAGAAGACUUCCUGUUUACGACAUCGCUGUUGCCGUCACAAAAUUAGAUAUGUGCAGGAGGCAAUAUGCGAAUGACGUGUGCAAUAGAGGAACCGCAGGUUUUGCGUACGUGGGUGGAGCUUGUGUUGUGAACAAGAGACUUGAAAAAGUUAAUUCAGUGGCUAUAAUUGAAGAUACUGGCGGUUUCAGUGGUAUUAUCGUUGCUGCUCACGAAGUUGGACAUUUGCUGGGUGCAGUACAUGAUGGCUCACCACCACCGAGUUACCUUGGUGGACCAGGAGCUGAAAAAUGUCGUUGGGAAGAUGGAUAUAUUAUGAGCGAUCUCAGGCAUACCGAAAAAGGUUUCAAAUGGUCUCACUGCAGUGUUUCAUCCUUUCAUCAUUUUUUAAAUGGAGAUACCGCGACCUGUCUUUACAAUGCUCCUCACGAGGAUGAAGCGCUUUCAAGAGUAUUGCCAGGAAAAUUAUUGUCACUUGAUGCUCAAUGUCGAAAAGAUCGUGGAACGAGCGCGUGCUUCAAAGAUGAUCGAGUUUGUGCUCAGCUAUUUUGCUUCGAUGCUAGUUCUGGUUAUUGUGUGGCUUACAGACCAGCAGCUGAAGGUUCUCCCUGUGGAGAUGGUCAAUACUGCUUAAAUGGCAAAUGUGUAGCUGAACACGAGAAUAUUAUUCCCGAUUAUACACAGAACGUGCCGACGUAUGUACGACGAGAAAAUUUUUAUAACGCUGCUACGCAAAGUCGGCCUUUCUAUACGCGAUACAAUACCAGUACAACAGAAUACAGGUAUCCAUGGGAUGGUACUACACGCAGCAUUUAUCAAUCAAUGUAUAAAUAUACAACACCGUACUCGAAUUCAAUCGCGUCAACAAUCGCGACAAGGUCUCCGAACCUGUCUACGUCGUACUAUCCGACGACGCCGACAUCAUAUCCGCGCUACACCCACUCGACUGUCAGUAACUUCAUUACUGAUAAUUAUUAUCGGAUAUAUAGUUAUGGUUACAAUAACGACUUUAUUAAUAAUAGUAAUUAUUAUAAUAUUAAUGCGUAUACUACUGCCACGACUAGGAGGACGAACAUUUACGAUUAUUCACACGCGUAUGAUAUCAAAGAUAAUGAGAGCCCGAACGAGGUUAGCUAUCCAAAAGUCACUCCGUUCAGAUAUAAGAGUACCGCCAGAUCAACAUCGAUCGCGAUGACUAGCAACAAUGGCGUCCAAUACGCUCCACAAAUUUACGGUCAUGAAACAGAGGUAGAUGAAUGUCAGGACGUGGGGACAGAUUGUGCGGAGCUGAUCGACAGGCUGAGGACAUGGCUGUGCCAUCUGCAAUCAGUGAGAAGACGUUGUUGUGCAUCCCUCAAGACAAUUUGCUGAAAACUAGCUGUAAACAGAGAAAAGAAAAAUGAAAAUGCGAGUACCAAUAUUAAAAGAAUGUGAAAAGCGAGGGUAUCAAAGUGAAAUGCCGAAGUGCUCUCCUGAUGAAAAAGCACAAUGACUGUUAACGCAAUGCAAUCGAUUCGUUUCGUAGAAAAGUGUGUAGCAGAUUAUUUUUUAUUUUUUGUUUUUGUUUUUCAAGUGAAAGAUGAAGAGUAGUGAAUGAAUGUAAAAAAGAAUAAUAUAAGAAAACUGAGUCAGAAAAAGAAGGAAGGAAGGAAGGAAGGAUGAGCACGGCUGGUUACAGAAGUUAGAAGAUAUACGGAAAUUUUCCUUUUUUAUCCUUACCCCUUUUCUCUUUCUAUUCUUUGCCUUCCACGUAUAUCUUUAUUCUUGCUCUUUCUCUAUUGAUUGGUGUUAAUAAAAUGCGUCAAUCCGUGAUAUUUGUAGGAAAUAGAUCUUCAGCCAGGCAAAAAGGUACCGAUCGAUAAAUGGAUAAACAGAUACAUAGGUA